CAUAUGACAUUUCUCAAUUUUGACAAUGACAGCUGUCAAAACAGAAACCACUUUGUUGUUAAUGUAAGUUGUAUUUUUCAGCUGUAAAUAAAUUGUUGAGCCAAAAGUGCUUCAUCUACCUCAAAAACAAUAAAAAUGGCUAUGAGACCAGACGACCAUCGCCGAAAAUGGGACAGAGACGAAUACGAGCGGUUAGCUGAAGAGCGCAAACGAGAAGAAAUAGAACGCAUCGAAGAAGAAAGCAAAAAAAAGAAAGGCCCUCCGGUUAAACGCGAAUUGUUAAAAACCCGAGAUUACAAAGUAGAUUUAGACUCAAAGCUCGGAAAGAGUAUAGUGAUUAAUAAAAACACACCAACAUCACAGUCUGGAGGUUAUUAUUGCAAUGUCUGUGAUUGUGUCGUUAAGGAUUCCAUCAACUUUCUGGACCACAUCAACGGUAAAAAGCACCAGAGGAAUUUGGGUAUGUCGAUGAGGGUGGAGAGGAGCUCACUGGAUGCCGUGAAAAAGCGAUUCGAACAAAAUAAAAAGAAAAUGGAGGAGAAGAAAAAGGAUUAUGAUAUGGCAGCGCGCAUGCAGGAGAUUGCCGAAGAGGAAGAGAAGUUGAGGGAAUACCGGAGGGAAAAGAGGAAAGAGAAACGGAAAGCGGAGGAGAUGGCGGACGAAGCGGAACAAUCAAGUGAACUCGCUAGUAUAAUGGGGUUUGGCGGGUUUGGCUCGUCGAAGAAAAAAUAACACAGGGGUACAAAGGAUUUGUAAUUUCGUUAGAUUUAAUUAUUAAAAUCGUGAUUAUUGCUACUUGAAGUACAAGUGAAGGCUUGGCUGUUAGGCUGAAAUUGAUAAUGUAACAAUCGCUUUUUCAGAAUAAAUGUACAUUUGAAUUUUC